UGAUAAAUAAAACGGCGGCAUUGCUACAGAAACCCUGACGGCUAGGACGGCAAAGAGUCUGCUCCUCUUCUCUCCCCUGCUCCUCUCCUCCCCUGCUGAAGGGCCGUUGGUUCAGAGAGAGAGCGAGAGAGAAAGAUGGCGUUGCUGCUAGAGUGGGGAGACGAGGCCUUCUACACGUAUGCGCUGAUCUCACUCUUCGUCUUCUGUCCCCUCACCUUCCUCCCUCUCCUCGUCCUCCGCUUCCAUGCACCCUACGGCAAGCACACCCGCGGAGGAUGGGGUCCCCUUCUUCCACCUUCCCUCGCUUGGUUCCUCAUGGAGAGCCCCACCGUCUGGCUCACCCUCCUCCUCCUUCCUUUCGGCCGCCAUCGCUCCGAUCCCGUCGCUCUCGCUCUCCUCUCUUUCUACCUAUUCCAUUACAUCCACCGCACCCUCAUCUACCCGCUUGUCAUCCGAAAAGCGCCUGCCUCCUCCUCCAGCCGCGGCGUGCCCUUCGCCGUCGCCUUCGCCGCCUUCGUCUUCAACCUCCUUAAUGCCUACCUCCAGAGCCGAUGGAUAACCCACUUCGGUAACUACACGCCAGGAUGGCUACGGACGCCGAAGUUUGCGGCGGGGGCGGCGGUCUUUGCCAUCGGCAUGGCGACGAAUGUGUGGGCAGAUAGGAGGCUGGUGGCGCUGAAGAGGGAGGCGGGGGGAGGGUACAAGGUUCCCAAAGGAGGACUCUUCGAGUUGGUCAGCUGCCCCAACUACACGGGGGAGAUAAUGGAGUGGCUGGGCUGGGCGAUUAUGACAUGGUCGUUGGCGGGGCUGGCGUUCUUCCUCUACACAGCGGCGAACCUGGUGCCUAGGGCGGCCGGCCACCACCAGUGGUACCUGCAGAAGUUCCCCGAGGAGUAUCCCAGGUCCAGGAAGAGGGUUAUCCCCUUCAUCUAUUGAGCAUGCCUUUUCUCUUUCUCUCAGCAAGUGCGUUUGUCUUCUUCUUCUUUCUUGUCUCAAAUUUCUGGUCUGAAAAAACUUAGGGUUCAGUUAUCCUUAUAUGAAUGUCUGAUCUGCUGUGGCUAUUUGAAACGCUGGAGCUUUUCGUUGAA